AUGGCUUCGGAAAUACCAAUCGAUCCUCCUUCUCGAUCGCUGAAAAACAAAGUCGCCAUCGUCACCGGCGCCGGCUGUUUUGGAGAUGGCAUCGGCAAUGGUCGGGCGAUCUCAAUCAUGCUGGCAGAUGAGGGUUGCAGCGUGAUAUGUCUUGACAUGAACCUGGAGUGGGCAACCAAAACAGCUGAAAUGGCCAAUCAAAGAUCAGGUCGAAAGAAUGCAAUUCCAGCGCAAGGAGAUGUCACAGUUGCAAGUGACUGCGAAAAGGCUGUUGCAUUGGCGCUUGAUAAAUUCGGGCGACUAGACAUACUUGUCAACAAUGUCGGAAUAGCAGGGGCGUCAGGAACAGCUGUUGACGUGGACAUGGCUAGUUGGGCAACAGGGCUAGAGGUCAAUGUGUCGAGCAUGGUCUUAAUGGCCAAGUACGCUAUACCAGCCAUGAUCAACAAUUCUGGGGAGAUCAAGGGAUCUAUAGUCAACAUGGGGAGUGUGGCUGGCCUCAAGGGCGGAACACCGCAUCUUCUGUACCCGACUGCCAAAGGCGCUGUUGUUAAUAUGACACGAGCCAUGGCAGCGCAUCACGCCCCGGAUGGUAUUAGAGUUAAUUGCGUUUGUCCUGGAAUGCUCUAUACCCCAAUGAUGUAUGCGGAAGGAAUGACGGACGAGGCCAGGGAGGCGAGAAAGGCACGAAGUCUACUGGGAACAGAGGGUACAGGAUGGGAUGCCGCUUGUGCUGUUGUGUUUUUGGCAAGUAACCAUGCUAGGUGGAUCACGGGAGCCAUCUUACCAGUAGAUGCUGGAACUACUGCAGCCGUUGGAACGAGCUUACCAGCAAGUGCAAGUGUGAAUGGAUGA